GCAAGGUGACCCCAUGGCAAGGCGCAAGCCAGAAGGGGCCGGCUUCAACAUGACCCGCCUGUCCCUGGCUAUGGCUUUUUCCUUUCCCCCAGUUGCCAGUGGGCAACCCCACUCUCAGCUGGGAAACACCCAGCAACAAACUCAGGAGCAAACCCAGCAACAAACCCAGCAACAGACAGAGUUAGGAAAGGAACCUGCUACCACCAGCACCAUGCCCUAUCAAUACCCAGCACUGACCCCGGAGCAGAAGAAGGAGCUGUCUGAGAUAGCUCGCCGCAUUGUGGCUCCGGGCAAGGGCAUCCUGGCAGCAGAUGAGUCCACGGGAAGCAUUGCCAAGCGGCUGCAGUCCAUUGGCACUGAGAACACUGAGGAGAAUCGGCGCUUCUACCGCCAGCUGCUGCUGACUGCUGAUGACCGUGUGAAUCCCUGCAUUGGGGGUGUCAUCCUCUUCCAUGAGACACUCUACCAGAAGGCGGAUGAUGGGCGUUCCUUCCCCCAAGUCAUCAAAUCCAAGGGUGGUGUCGUGGGCAUCAAGGUAGAUAAGGGUGUGGUGCCCCUGGCGGGAACAAACGGCGAGACCACCACCCAAGGGCUGGAUGGGCUGUCUGAGCGCUGUGCCCAGUAUAAGAAGGAUGGAGCUGACUUUGCCAAGUGGCGCUGUGUGCUGAAGAUUGGGGAACACACCCCCUCAUCUCUUGCCAUCAUGGAAAAUGCCAAUGUUCUGGCCCGUUAUGCCAGCAUCUGCCAGCAGAAUGGCAUCGUGCCCAUUGUGGAACCUGAGAUCCUUCCUGAUGGGGACCAUGACUUAAAGCGCUGUCAGUAUGUGACUGAGAAGGUUCUGGCUGCUGUCUACAAGGCUCUGAGUGACCACCACAUUUACCUGGAAGGCACCUUGCUGAAGCCCAACAUGGUCACCCCAGGCCAUGCCUGCACCCAGAAGUACUCCCAUGAAGAGAUUGCCAUGGCAACUGUCACAGCACUGCGCCGCACAGUGCCCCCUGCCGUCCCCGGAAUCACCUUUCUGUCUGGAGGGCAGAGUGAGGAGGAGGCAUCUAUCAAUCUCAAUGCCAUCAACAAGUGUCCCCUCCUGAAGCCAUGGGCUCUGACUUUCUCCUAUGGCCGAGCCUUGCAGGCCUCUGCUCUGAAGGCCUGGGGUGGGAAGAAGGAGAACAUGAAGACCGCCCAGGAGGAGUACAUCAAGCGAGCCCUGGCCAACAGCCUCGCCUGUCAAGGAAAGUACACCCCAAGUGGUCAGGCCGGGGCUGCAGCCAGCGAGUCCCUCUUCGUCUCUAACCAUGCCUACUAAGCUGAGGCAUUCUCAGGCUGCCCCCUCAACACUCCAGGCCCCUGCUCACACUCACUCUUCAAGAGGGGGCCACAUGGGGCUCCAGGCUCUUUCCCAUCACUCUUGCCUCCCUCGUGACUUUGGUGUGUGGUGUUUGUGUGCGCUAACUCCAUCGCCCCUUCCAGCCCACUGCCAAUAAACAACUAUUUAAGGGGGA